CGGUUCCUAGGGCUUGGGUUAACUGAACGCCUAGGGGCAUAGGGACACUUUCCUGGCCUGUGGCCCGGGUCCGAGCCGGGCAGAAGGAUACGAAUUCCUUCCUGACGUCGCUACGAGCGUGUGGGGUCUUGUCGCCCGCCCGGCCGCGACCUCUCGGCAGGCGUCCUUCAGCCUGCCCCGGCCAAGGGCGGCGCCUGGGACUUGUUCGCCAUUUCCACCGCCCCCGAGUGCGGCCGGUGGCCGAGGUCACCCGGCCGGAUCAGAACACGCGUGGGGAGGGUCAGCCGAGGCCUGCCAGGCGCUCGACUCUCACUACAGAGUCCGGCUAUGGCGGCCCGGAAGGACCACAGGCAGGUAUCACUGACCUUUGAGGAUGUGGCCGUGGCCUUCACUCAGGAGGAGUGGAGGCAGCUGGACCCUGUUCAAAAGACCCUGUACCAGGAGGUGAUGAUGGAAAUCUCUGAGCUCCUGAUCUCUCUGGGGUAUCCUGCUCCCAAACCAGAGCUGGUGAGCCAGCUGGAACGUGGGCAGGAGCUGCGGACAGUGGUGAAGUCCCUCUCCCAAAGCACCUGCACAGGUGACAAUGCAAAAACCAAGGCCACAGGAUCUACUACUUGGGAGCCAAAACUGUUGGAGGGAGCCCGGCUCCAGGAACAGCUAACACAAGGAACCUCAGGAGACUCACAGUGGGUGCAGGCCAGGCACCAAGAUGGCCCAUUAGAAGUGCAAGAAGAAGUCUCUGGACAAGAGAUAGAGGCUCAGAGGGAGAAUCUUCCUGGGAAAAUGAGCCCUGCACGGGAUGGUGUAGGGAAAGCUAAGGGAAUGUAUCCAACGGUCUUACAGGAGGAAGAGGAAAAUAGCUUCAAAUGCAGCGACUGUGGGAAGGUGUUUAAUAAGAAACACCUCCUUGCUGGACAUGAGAAAAUCCACUCUGGAGUGAAGCCCUAUGAGUGUACAGAGUGUGGAAAGACCUUCAUUAAGAGUACUCACCUUCUUCAGCAUCAGAUGAUCCACACAGGGGAGAGGCCCUAUGAGUGCCUGGAGUGUGGGAAGGCCUUCAACCGCAAAUCCUACCUUACACAGCACCAGCGGAUCCACAGUGGGGAGAAGCCUUAUAAGUGCAGUGAGUGUGGAAAAGCCUUCACCCACCGCUCCAAUUUUGUCUUGCACAGCAGGAGACAUACUGGAGAGAAAUCGUUCGUGUGUACAGAAUGUGGCCAAGUCUUUCGACAUAGGGGAGGUUUCCUUAGGCACUAUGUCGUUCAUGGUGGAGAGAAUCCAUACGAAUGCUUUGAAUGUGGACAGGUCUUCAAACACAGGUCAUACCUCCUGUGGCACCAGCAGACUCACACCGGAAAGAAGCCUUAUGAAUGCAGCGAAUGUGGGAAAGUCUUCCUAGAGAGCGCAGCCCUGAUCCACCACUAUGUCAUCCACACUGGCGAGAAGCCCUUUGAGUGCCUCGACUGUGGGAAAGCUUUCAACCACAGGUCGUACCUCAAGAGACACCAGCGCAUUCACACCGGGGAGAAGCCUUUUGUUUGCAGUGAGUGUGGGAAAGCCUUCACCCACUGCUCUACUUUCAUCUUGCAUAAAAGGGCCCAUACUGGAGAAAAACCCUUUGAGUGCAAAGAAUGUGGGAAAGCCUUUACCAAUCGGAAAGACCUCAUUCGCCACUUCAGCAUCCACACAGGAGAGAAGCCCUAUGAGUGUGUGGAGUGUGGGAAGGCCUUUGCCCGCAUGUCAGGCCUCACGAGGCACAAGCGGAUUCAUAGUGGAGAAAAGCCUUUUGAAUGUGUUGAGUGUGGGAAAUCCUUCUGUUGGAGCACAAACCUCAUUCGACAUGCCAUCAUCCACACUGGGGAGAAGCCGUAUAAGUGCGGUGAAUGUGGAAAAACCUUCAGCCGCAGCUCAUCCCUCACUCAGCAUCAAAGGAUGCACAGUGGGAGAAACCCCACCAGUGAAACAGACAAGGGAAGAGCCUUCACAAGUACGCAUGCCUCAGUCACCCUCCGAGAACUCCUUCUGGGGAAGGACUUCUUGACUGUAACCACUGAAGGAAAUCUUUUGCCACAGGAAACAUCUUCCUCAGCAUCUGAUCGUUUAUGCCAAAGAGAAACUCCACAACUGUCCUGACUCUGAGAAAACCUGUUGCAGAAUAUUGCUUUGUCGUCUGAAAACUAACUUUAGCAGUAGACUCAGCCUACAGCCUUAUUCUCCCUCCGAGAAUUCAGGAGAGAGAUGCAGUGGGGUUUUUGCUUGUUUUGCACAUAAGAAAACCUUCAGCCACAUCUCUCUCUUAGUUUACAGUGAAAUGUUACCUCAGGAAUUGUUUUACAAGGGGAAGAUGCAUAAGAAAAUAAAAACAGGUCUCUUAAGACUUCUCUGCUAACCCUGUGGCACUUUGUGAUU